GGAGCUGGACCAUUGUCUCUCUCUCCUCGAAACCCAAAAUACCACAGCGGUGUCGCGAGCUCCGUGAACAUGUUGUGGAUGUUGGCGUUGGCGUGCGCUUGGAGGAGUUCUGCCGCAGCGUCCCAGAAGUGCGAGGACAGCCUGGCCACUCCUCUGCCCUACAGCUUCUUCAGCAGCUCCUCCGUGUUCGGUCGAGAUUACGGCGCCGGCUACGGAAAACUACAGCGCAACCAAGGAGCGGGAGGAUGGGUGCCCCUGGACUCGGACCGGUCGCCGUGGUUACAGGUGGACCUCGGGGGGAGGCGGGAGGUGGUUGCCGUGGCGACGCAGGGCAGGUACGGCAGCUCGGACUGGACCUCGAGGUACCGGCUCCUCUACAGCGACACCCAGAGGAACUGGAGGCCCUACCUGCAGGACGGGAACAUCUGGACCUUUGAGGGAAACGUGAACAGUGAGUCCGCGGUGCGUCACCAGCUGCAGCACUCCAUCGUGGCUCGCUUCCUGCGCCUGGUCCCGGUGUCCUGGAGCAGAGACGGGCGCGUCGGGGUCCGGCUGGAGCUGUACGGCUGCGCUUACUGGGGCGACGUGAUCAGCUUCGACGGCCACAGCGUGAUCUCGUACCGCUUCAAGAACAAAAAGUCCAAGCUGGUGAAGGACUCGAUGGCCCUGAAGUUCAGGACCACGGCCGGAGACGGGGUCCUGGUCCACGGGGAGGGUCAGCAGGGAGACUACGUCACCCUGGAGCUGCACCGCGCACGACUGCUGCUCAAGAUCAACCUGGGCAACAGCCAGUACGGCUCGAUCCAGGGCCACACGACGGUCUCCAGCGGCUCGCUCCUCGAUGACGACCACUGGCACACGGUGAAGGUGGAACGCCUCCGAAGGAACGUGAACUUUACCCUGGACCAGCACACGCAGAGCUUCAGGACCAACGGAGACUUCGACCACCUCGACCUGGACCACGAGAUCACGUUCGGAGGCUUCCCCGUCUCGGCCAAACCCGGCUCAGGUCGCGGGAACUUCGUGGGCUGCAUGGAAGGAAUCACGUACAACAACGACAACAUCACCACGCUCAUACGCAGGAAGAGAGUCGACACCUCCAGCUUUCGUAACCUGACGUUCUCGUGCGCCGACUCGGACUCAUUCCCCGUCUUCUUCAACUCGUCGUCGUUCGUGCUUCUCCCCGGGCAGUCGGACAGCGACACUCUCUCCGUCAGCCUCUCGUUCAGGACGUGGAACCCUCACGGCCUGCUCCUGUUCACGGCGCUGGCGGACGGCUGGGUGGAGGUGGGUCUGUCCGAGGGCCGGGUCACCGUCUACAUGAACGUCACGCAGAAGAAGAACACGCACAUCGACAUCUCCUCAGGUUCGGGUCUGAAUGACGGACAGUGGCACACGGUGCAUUUAAACGCUCUGGAGAACUACGCCAUGCUCACAGUGGACGGAGACGAGGCUUCCACUGUCAGAACUGCCAUCCCCAUCCAGAUCCAGACCGGAGGGACGUACUAUUUUGGAGGAUACUUCGAGCGCACGAACAGCCUGUCCCUGCAGCGCUCGUUUCAGGGCUGCAUGCAGAUGAUCCACAUCGACGAUCACCUGGCCGAUCUGAAGGCCGUGGAGCAGGGGCUGAUGGGAAGUUUCGAGAACGUCAGCCUGGACAUGUGCGCCAUCGUGGACAGGUGUGUGCCAAACCCGUGCGCUCAUGGAGGCCUGUGCUCUCAGACCUGGGACUCCUUCAGCUGUAACUGCUCCAACACGGGCUACACAGGAGCCAUCUGCCACAUGCCCUUGUACCAACAGUCCUGUGAAGAGUACAAACUGAGAGGGAAAGGAUCGGGGAGCUACCUCAUCGACCCGGACGGCAGUGGACCUAUCGCCCCCUUCAGGGUCAGCUGUGAAAUGACAGGGGACGAAGUUUGGACCAUUUUGAAGAACAAUGUUUCAGCUCAGAGCCCGAUGCCCAGACCGGACCAGAGCGGGAAGGUCGUCAUCCACAUCGACUACAACGUCACCGAUGAACAGGUGCUGUCGGUCACAAACAGUGCAGAUUACUGUGAGCAGUACUUGGCCUACGCCUGCAGGAUGUCGCGCCUCCUCAACACUCCAGACGGCGUCCCGUUCUCCUCGUGGGUCGGUCGCUCCAAUGAGAGACACUUGUACUGGGGCGGCUCUGGACCCGGGAUCCAGAAGUGCUCCUGUGGAAUCGAACACAACUGCACCAACGCGGCUCACUACUGCCACUGUGACGCCGACCUGCGCUCCUGGAAAGAGGAUUCGGGUCUGCUCAUGUACAAGGACCACCUCCCCGUCAGCUCUGUGGAGGUGGGAGACACGGGGAGAGCGGGAUCUGAGGCCAAACUCACCGUGGGACCCCUGCGCUGCCGAGGAGACAAAAACUUCUGGAACUCUGCGUCCUUCUCGAGUCCGGCCGCACACAUGCUCUUCCCCUCGUUCAGAUCCGACCGCAGCUCGGACAUCUCUUUUUACUUCAGGACCUCCUCGUCUCACGGCGUCUUCCUCGAGAACUCCGGACCCAACGACCUGAUCCACGUCCAGCUCAGAGCCUCCUCGGUGGUGUCCUUCUCCUUCGGCGUGGGCUCUUCUCAGACGGAGCUGCUCGUUCGUUCUCCGGUUCCUCUGAACGACGACCAGUGGCACCGCGUGGAGCUGGAGAAGAACCAGCAGGAGGCGACGCUGCGCCUGGGGACAAACCGAGAAACCAGAACACUGCCCCAAGGAAACAGCCGCCCAGAGGAAUACACACAACUCAUACUGGGUGCGUCGAGCGGGCAGAGGGCGUUCCUCGGCUGCAUGCGCGCCCUGAGGAUAAACGGCGCGACCUUCGACCUGGAGGAGAGGGCGGAGGUCACGGCGGGGGUCACGGCGGGAUGUAGGGGCCACUGCAGCAGCUUCGGGGUUCACUGUCAGAACGGAGGCCGGUGCGUGGAGCAGUACAACGGAUAUCACUGCGACUGCACCAACACGGCCUACGACGGACCCUACUGCACCGAGGAUGUGGGCGGUUACUUUGAGACGGGGACUCUGGUGCGUUACGACUUCCUGUCGGAGCAGAGUCCUGGACUGGAGACCAACCUGACCCAGGAGGAUUUGUCCUUCAGCUUCAGCACCUCCAGCGCCCCCUCUGUCCUGGUGUACGUCAGCUCCAGGACGCAGGACUACCUCGCUGUGGUCCUCAGGCACAACGGGACUCUCCAGAUCCGCUACAGUCUGGGGGGACUUAAAGAGCCGUUCACCAUCGACAUGAGCCACAGGAGCCUGGCCAACGGGCAGCCUCACUCCGUCCGAGUGUCCAGGAGGCUCAGGGACGUCCGCCUGCAGGUGGAUCAUUACCCAGAAUCUUCCUACACUUUACCUGCCGCCUCCGACUCUCAGUUCAACCUCAUCAAAAGCAUCUUCCUCGGAAAAGUGUUUGAAACGGGCCAGAUUGACCCGGUCCUGAUCGAGCGUUACAACACUCCGGGCUUCGUGGGCUGUUUGUCCAGAGUCCAGUUCAACCGUCUGGCUCCUCUAAAGGCAGCGCUCCGAUCAGGGCAGAGCUCACCCAUCAGCACCCACGGGAUCCUGGUCCCGUCCAACUGCGGCGCCUCGCCCCUCACCAUCUCGCCCCUCACCUCGCAGGACGACCCCUGGCACGUGGAGACCGCUGGAGUUCACCUUCCCUCCAACACGGACAAGGCUGUUUCUGACGGAGGGGAUCGAAACUCAGCCGUCAUCGGAGGCAUCGUCUCCGUGGUGAUCUUCCUGGUCCUCUGCUUCCUGGUUUUCCUGAUCCGGCACCUGUUCCGACACAAAGGCUCGUACCACACCAACGAGGCCAAGGGUCAGGAGGCGGCGGACUGCGCGGACGCCGCCAUCAUCGUGAGCGACCCGGCGUUCACGGAGACCAUCGAGGAGAGCAAGAAGGAGUGGUUCAUUUAA